AUGAAAAAGGGGCAGGUAGGAGAAAUUUCCCUCGAGGGUCUCAUAUUUUCUUCUUGCUUUUUGCAGGCUUUGGGUAACCAUGAGUUUGAUGAAGGUGUGAGCGGAUUAUUGGAUCCUCUUCUUAAAAAUGCGAAUUUUACAGUCCUGAGUGCAAAUAUUAAAGGGAAAACUCCAUUAGCGAACGAAAUGAUGAGAUAUGUUCAUCCUUUUAAAAUAGUUCAUUUUGACUCAGAAUCAGUUGGAAUUGUUGGCUACACUACAAAGGAAACGUCUUUUCUUUCACAGCCAGGGGAUGAUGUAACCUUUGAAGACGAAAUUGAAGCACUGCAACUGCAAGUGAAUAAACUUACUGCUAUGGGAGUGAACAAAAUAAUUGCACUAGGACAUUCUGGUUUUACCGUGGACCAAAAUAUUGCCCAAAAAGUGAAAGGAGUGGAUGUUGUGAUUGGAGGACAUACAAACACAUUUCUCUAUACAGGCACCCCACCCUCUACUGAAGUGCCAGAUGGCCCAUAUCCAUUCAUGGUUGAAUCAGAUGAUGGGAGGAAGGUGCCAGUUGUACAAGCUUAUGCUUAUGGAAAAUACCUUGGUUACUUAAAUGUUACAUUUGACAAGAAAGGAAAUGUAGUUGAAGCAGUUGGAAACCCCAUUCUGCUGGACAGCAGUAUUCCUGAAGAUGAGCACAUUAAGGAAGAAGUGGAAAAAUGGAGAGAAAACCUGGGGAAUUUUUCUAAAGAGAUUGGAAAAACUAGUGUUUACCUGAAUGGUACAAGCCAAGCAUGCCGUUUCCAAGAAUGUAACAUGGGAAAUUUGCUUUGUGAUGCUGUGCUCUAUGAGAAUGUUGGGAGUCCGGAUAAAACGACAUGGAACCAUGUUUCAAUGUGCAUCCUGAAUGGAGGUGGGAUACGGUCACCCAUUGAUGAGCAAAGCACUAAUGGUAGCAUUACUGUGGAAGAUUUGCUGUCUGUUUUGCCAUUUGGAGGUCGUUUUGAUAUGGUGACAUUAAAAGGCUCCACACUGAAAGAAGCUUUUGAGCACAGUGUGAGGAGAUAUGGAAAAGGAAGUGGAGAGCUGCUGCAGGUUGGAGGCAUCCACGUGGUCUAUGACCUCUCCAGAGCCCCAGGAAGCAGAGUUGUUAGUUUAGAAGUGCUUUGCACAGCCUGCCGAGUCCCAGCCUAUGUCCCACUCCAGAUGGAUGAAAUAUACAACGUGACUCUGCCAUCCUAUAUGUUAUUUGGAGGAGAUGGCUACAGUAUGCUGAAAGACAAGAAUUUGGGAUACAGUAAAGGUGAACCUGACAUUGAAGUUGUUUCCCGCUACCUCCAGAGAAUGAAGAGAGUUUACCCAGCAGUUGAAGGUCGAAUAAAAUUUUCUUCUGGAAAUCUUAUCGAAGCAAGUCUCUCCCUGAUCUCUGUAUUGUUCACUGUAACAUUCUUGCACACUUGAUUUUGUGUUUGGAGGAAAACAGGAGGCAAGAUGAUACUGACGAAGCUGUGAGAGCUGUUCUCUUCUGUUACACCUUACAAUGAAUGAGCAGUGAGGUUGCUGCAUGUCAGCAGUGAGCAGCCCCUGGCAUUGUCUUUGACCUUGUGGUGCCACUGGAGCACUGUGUGCAGGGCAAGGGGACAGAAUCCAUGGCUUCUCUUGGUCAGAAUCAGCAGGUACCUGAAACUGAGGUCUCAAAAGCAAAGUUCCAGUGAAUACUUACUGCUCAAUCAUAAAACAAUGACAGACUAAAAUGAGGUAUUAUAAAUUUUCAAAUUCUUUUUACCUGUGAUAGACAGUGAACCUGAUUCCAGAUGUUAAUAAGCUUCUAGAAAUGGAUUUUUUAUAGAUGUAUAUUCCUUUCUUUGAUCUCCACUCAGGGUUAAGGUAUUCAGUCUAAUAUCUCUACUUUGCUUGCAAUCACUUAUGAUACCUACAUGAAUGCCUUAAAGAGCUGGAUUAAACUCAGAGCCAUUAAAAUCAUGAAGUCUAUUUGAUAUGCAAUUUUAAAGUUUUUGUUUUACUUUUGAAAAAGAAAUAUAUUUUCCAUUAAUAAAGGAUUCAAUGAAAGCUUGACUUGAUUUUGAUCAAUUUUAAUAAAUUGAGUAUUCUUCACUCUAAAAUAUUCUUCACCAGUUUGGGGGAUUGUAUCUAGAGUGAGAACAGAAUCUGGGACUGUAUUUCAUAUAAAAAUGUCAAUUUUACACCUCUUCCAAAGAACAAUGCACAGGACUGCUGCCCAUCACUCUGUAUUAGCAACAUUCCAAGAAAAUGUCAGAUAUAGACAUUGAUCCUGCAGCACAUUUGGCAUCCUUUGGAAAUAGUCAGGUAAUGGGGCUUUUUACAGCAUGACCUGGUUUUAUGAUAACUGUGAUUAUACCUCUUCUAUGGGAAGGCUGUGUUUAAAAAAAUAGUUGUAAGAGACAGGCUAAUGGGUAUGAAAUCAGAUUAAAUGCUAAAUGUACAUUGCUGAUGCUUUAUCAAGAAAAUGAUUGCUUAUAAAUGAGGGAAAAAAUAUUUUUCUAAGAUUACAGGGAAUUUUGACAUCAACAUGUUUGGAUUGUUUAAUGCUGUUUAAAACUGAUUGUAAGUGUUUUGAAUAAACCUGAUUUGUAUUCCUGGAAA